AACGACCACCACCAUGUUCCCAAUCUCCAAAACGAAAAGUCUAAUUCAAAGGGUAUAAUCGUCAUACCAAAAAAUAUCUCAACACUCCUUUAUUAUACGUAGAAACAACACCACCAAACUCACCAACACACAAACACACAAACUCCCGCUGCAGAAGCGAAGAAGCACAACAAGGAAGAGGUGAGAGAAGGAAAGUUGUUAGAGAGAGAAAGCUUCAUCACAAUCACGUUAAUGGCGGCAGAACCAGUAAAAUCACCACUACACAAUUUCCCAUUAACAUUUCUAAAAUGGGGUUCAAAGAAAGAUCAACAACGAUGUCGUCGAACACCUUAUGAUUCCCCUCUAUCUCCUCCGCCGCCGCCACAAUCCGCUGCCGUCGGAUCACGCUCAUCCCGCAACCGCCGCAACAACAACCCACCAACGCCGCCGAGAACAUCAGCAAGUUAUGAUGACGUGGAGGAGAGAGAAUCUGGGAAAAAGAUGGAAGUUGCAGAAGAAGGUGAAGGUGAUGGAGAUGGUGAUAAAGGAUGGAAUUUACGACCCAGAAGAGCUGCUGCAAUGAAAGGGAAUAUUACUACUACUACUAGUAGUGUUACUACAAUGUUGGAAACUGCAGGUGAUAAAUCGACGCGGUUUCGAGGAUUUGAAACAACACAAAGUAAUGGAGGAGGAAGUGAGAAGAGAGAGAAAAAGAAAUUUUGGAUUGCUUUGUCUAGGGAUGAGAUUGAAGAAGAUAUUUACUCUAUGACUGGUCAUAAACCUUCUCGUCGCCCUAAAAAACGUCCCAAGAUUGUUCAGAAACAAGUAGAAAAUGUUUUUCCAGGUUUUUGGUUGGUUGGGGUAACACCUGAAGCGUAUCGUGGUUUUGAUGUUCCUGUUAAGAGGUAGAUAUGGACAUAAUGCAAAGUAUUUUUUGCUUAAUUUCUGACUAGUUUGGAAGAAGGUGCAUAUUAUUGAAAUGACCUCAGGAAACUGUGAUUUUUUGUUUGAAUGCUUGCCGUUUGUCAUGUUCGAGCCUCGAUUUGGAGGUAUGGUUCUAUGUAAAGAGGGUUAUUUGGGAUAUAUGACUAUAUAGAAGAAGGAUGUCCAUUGACUUUUUUGCUUUAUAUUUUGGUAUACAUAGGGCAUAGGGGUUUAGGACUAGGGUUAGAACAAGGGAAAUGGGUAAGUUAGUUUUAUUUUGGAUUAAUGAUUAUGAUAAAUUGGGUAGUUGCAAGAUGUAAUCAUGGAUCUUUGGUUUUACAAUGAAAAGAUAGUGAUUUUCGUA